GCUUUGGCCUUGCUAUCCAUGUCGCCCAUGGGUAUGUCGGCCGUCUUGAGAUCAGCCAUCCUUGCAUGUGGUCUGUGCGAGCGUCGAUCGCCUAUGCAUCGAUGGAGGACCCGAGGAGGCAGCGCCGCGCUUUUUCGCGACAUGUCAUGAUCGUCGCUGCUUCACAACGGGCAGUGAGGCCUUCUCCAUGCAUCUCCUGUCCUCAACAACAUGCUCAGCAUACGCACGCUGACCCUGCUACUAGCACUGCUGCUUGCUGUGCAUGCAUGUCAACCCUCAUCCGCUCGCCGCAGGACAGGAGCAGCUGAGCCUAUGCCCGGACAAGUCCCGCAGCUACCUCUCGGUGUCCGCCUCCAGCCUACGCCAGUCAUGACGCGCGAGGAGAGUCGUAGACGCGCCAGGCUAAUCGAUCAAAAUGUGCAACCCACGUCGAUGCCAAAGUCCAGGACGACCAGUGCACAGCCACCACGACCAGGCCAUCGACCGCAGGUAGCUGAACCAACCGGGGCGACGCGUCAGACACAACACUCCAGCUUGACAGACUUUCACUGGCAGCGCAUCCUCAACGCAAUCGCGCUCGCUGCUGGCUUUCUUCUCGGAGUGAUCAUCACAUUGUGUUAAGACAGGCAAAGAUACAAGACCGUUCCGACAAGACAUAUCGCCAAACAGAAGGACUGCCCAUGAGCUUGUGUUAGAUUCGGGUUUCAGGGAAGCCAUCUGGUGAAUGCGAUUGCAAGAGUUGUUCUUUUGAUGACGAGGCGUCGUCGCGGAGAUGCAGAGCGAAAUCUUCGCCAACGAGCUCUUUGACGGUGUAGACGAUCCGAUCGACGCGAUUGAUAAAGUUCCAAGCCAGUGUCGUCGCCGUGCAGAACUUCAGAUAGUUUUCACUGCUUGCAACGUCCAUGUUGACAGUGUGCGGCACG